AAAACUGUCAUGGCGGCGCUCUCGUGGUCCCAGUGAGGAGAUUUACUUUUAAACUAAACAAACCCACGUAAAAUCUAGACAAAUGAAGACGAAGAAGAUGAAGCCUCAAAACAAGAAGAUCUCUGGAGUGAAAAAGAGGCCAGUCAAACGGAGCAUCGACAUGAGAGGGAAAUGGAAAGCUGUCGAGCUCGACCCCAGUCUCUUCUCAGAGGAAGGCCUGGAGGGUCUGGUGUUGUUCGAAGAGCUGACAAAUUACCGUCUGGUCGACACCGAGAAGGCUGCAGCUAAGGAGCUGAACAAGAAAACGGCAACAAAAAGAAAAGCUGGGAAGAAGCAGGAUGCUGAAGGCAAAGAAGUAGAAAGCACAACUGAACCUGCCAAGAAAAAAGCUAAAAAGACGAAGAAAAAGAAAAAGCUCGCCCCCAAACAAGAAGAGGAUGAUGGCACAGAAGACGUGACACCUUCAAGUGAAGAGGGAGAAAGGAAGGAAGCAUCAAAUGAAACAACAGAGGAAGAUGUGCCUGAACACACACAAUCAAGUAAAGCAACUAAGAAAGACAAAAAGAAGAAAUUCAAACAACAGACAGCAGAGAAACGCUCGGACGUAAAGUCUUCAACAGAAAUAGAAAAAUCUAGUCAACAGAAAUGGACAAAACCUCUCAAAAACCAACCGAAGAAUUGGACACAUGCAGCACUUUCUGCUUCUGGUGACCAGAAAUGUGAUAUGGGUGCAUGGAGGAACCUGUUUGUGCCCUCCCCUGUGCUUAAAGCCCUGAGCAGUCUUGGAUUCAGUUCACCCACACCAAUUCAAGCCCUGGUUUUGCCCCCAGCUAUAAGAGAUCGAAUGGAUAUACUGGGAGCAGCUGAGACUGGAAGUGGUAAGACUUUGGCUUUUGGAAUUCCCAUAAUCCACACCAUCCUUGAGUGGAAGAACAGCACGGAGAAAACUACCACCGAUGACAUCGAAGCUGCUUCAGAGGUGGAGAGCUUAUUCUUACCGUCUGUGGAUGAGACCACAAACUCAGAGGAUGUGGAUGCGAAGGAGUCAGAGGAGGAGGAUGAAGAUCAGACCCAAGAUGCUGCUGAAGAAGACGACGUCGAGGAUAAAGAUCAAGAUGAGCAGCUUGGUUGUGUUAAAUUAAUUGAAAACGCAAAAUUUAAUUCUGAGGAGAAACUUUCCGGUGGCCAGAAUCGACCUCUCCUUGGACUGGUUCUCACCCCAACCAGGGAACUGGCUGUUCAGGUCAAACACCAUAUAGAUGCUGCCGCUCAAUUUACAGAUAUUAAAACAGCCAUUGUUGUGGGAGGAAUGGCACAAGAGAAGCAAAGGAGGAUGCUAAGUCGUAGACCAGAGAUCGUCAUUGCCACUCCAGGGCGUUUGUGGGAUUUUAUCAAGGAGCAGCAUCCUCAUCUACUGAACCUCAGACAGCUCAAGUGUCUGGUAAUUGAUGAAGCCGACCGAAUGGUGGAAAGAGGCCACUUCGCCGAGCUGGAGAGUUUGCUGGAGAUGCUGAACACAACACACUUUAAUCCUAAGAGACAAACGUUUGUGUUCUCCGCCACUUUGACAAUGGCUCACAGUCUGCCCAGCCGCCUCCUGCAGAAGAAGAAGAAAUUGGUGAACAGGAACAAUCUGGAAACCCUCAUGGAGAAGGUGGGAAUAAAGUCCAAGCCCAAAGUGAUCGACCUCACUAGGAAGGAGGCCACAGUGGAGACGCUGACCGAAACACAAAUCAACUGUCAGAAGGACGAGAAGGACUUCUACCUUUAUUACUUCCUGCUUCAGUAUCCUGGGCGCACCAUGGUGUUCGCCAACAGCAUCGAAUGCAUCAAGCGACUCAACUCUCUGCUGGUGAUCAUGGAUUGUUCUCCACUGCCUCUACAUGCCAACAUGCACCAGAAACAACGGCUCAAAAACCUGGAAAGGUUUGCUGAGAAAGACAAUUGUGUUCUUUUGACCACUGACGUGGCGGCAAGAGGCCUGGACAUCCCCAACGUUCAACAUGUUAUUCACUACCAGGUCCCCAGAACAUCAGAGAUGUAUGUUCAUCGAAGUGGCAGAACAGCUCGAGCCAAUAAAGAGGGCCUGAGUUUGCUGCUCGUAGGCCCCGACGAUAUGAUGAACUUCAGAAAGAUUUACAAAACCCUCGGAAAGGACGAGGAACUUCCCCAGUUUCCUGUAGAGACCAAAUGCAUGGAGGCGAUCAAGGAGCGAGUAAACCUUGCCAGGCAGAUAGAAAAGAUCGAGUUUUACAACAGCAGAGAGAAGCAGCACGACUCGUGGUUCAGAAAAGCAGCAGAAGCCAUGGAGAUGGACCUGGACGAUGAUAUUUUACUUGGCAGCUCUAAAGACGACCAUGCAGACAGAGAGCAGAAGAAGAUGGUGAAGACGAUGAAGAAGCAUCUGAAGCACUUGACCUCACGGCCUUUAUUCACGAAUGCCAUGAAAACAAAGUACCCCACUAAAAUGGGGUUUCUCCCCGUGUCCAAAGUGUCUGUUGCUGGAAUGGAAAGUGCCCUGACCAGUGUUUCAGUACAAAAGGAGAAACAGAAGCUAAAGAAAAACCUUCCAAAAAAGUUGGAGGAAAAAACUACAACAGAAGUAGAGCAGCAGCAAUGACAUGUUAAUGAAACUGAGUGAAUUAUAUUUGAAAGGUGGUUGAAUUUAAAUAUGUCAAAUUAUUUAAA